AUGCAGUUCACUACCAUUCUCAUUGCUCUCCUUCCGGCACUGGCUGCCGCCCAACUCCCGGUUUCUAACGAAGUAUGCCCUGCGGGUCUGCGCACUACCUGCCCUGCGGGCACCGAUGGCGUCUCGCGUUGCUCCAUACUCAACGGUCAAAACCUUUGCGUUAUUGACUGCGAGGCGCAGUCUACCUGCCGUACCCAGUGCAAGCAGCAGGGCCACAUUAACGGAUUCUGCACCAUCGGCGACAACCCUUGCAUUUGCAGCGACAUCGACCCCGGCUUCAACAACUAA